GCAGUCUGACGUAACCAGAAUCCCAAAGAUGGCGGCGGUAGCUGCGCCUCGCCUGGCCAUAUUUGGCAGCUUUUCAACAAGGCCCAUUUCAGUAUUUGCUCUUCAUCAAAGGAGUCUGCACAACAGUGCAAAAAGUGAGAAUAGCACCACGAGUGUGGUCCCAGUCAGAGAGAAGAGCACAGCAGUGGCAGCAGCCAAACCAGCAGCUGUAGCCAGCAGCAAGGGGGAAUAUGUUAUCACCAAGCUGGAUGACUUGGUUAACUGGGCACGCAGGAGCUCUCUGUGGCCCAUGACCUUUGGUCUGGCGUGCUGCGCCGUGGAAAUGAUGCACAUGGCGGCUCCUCGUUACGACAUGGACCGUUUUGGAGUCGUGUUCAGAGCAAGUCCCAGACAGUCUGAUGUCAUGAUCGUGGCGGGAACGCUGACCAAUAAGAUGGCUCCUGCUCUGCGGAAGGUGUACGACCAGAUGCCUGAGCCCAGAUACGUCAUUUCUAUGGGAAGCUGUGCGAAUGGAGGAGGCUACUACCACUACUCCUACUCCGUCGUCAGAGGCUGCGACCGAAUUGUUCCAGUGGACAUUUACGUUCCAGGUUGUCCUCCCACUGCAGAAGCUCUCCUCUACGGGACUUUACAGCUGCAGAAGAAAAUCAAACGGGAGAAGAAAGUGCGGAUCUGGUAUCGGAAGUAAAUGUGUUGUAUGUGUGUGUGUAUCUGGUCUGUAAAUGGUGCAUUUCUGGUUUCACUUGGAGCGCUGCUCCUCCUCCUCCGUGUAGAGCUGCAGGAACCAACCUCAAUAAAGUCAUUAUUGUAAUUUACACACAGUGCACUGCUGCUUAUUUCAGUCAGACAGAGCAGCUCAGUUCAGUGUCUGUUUCUUUAGUUCAGCAUUAACCUUUCAACACCCACCUUUUAAUUUACAUCUAUUUAAACAGAACUAUAAAGCUAAAAUAUAUGUAUGAGAGACUUCAUCUUCCACUUCCUGAUAAUGUGUUUAGAAUUUGGCUAAAACUCGCCCUAAACUACACUACUGGUCAAAAGUUUUAGAACACACCAACUUUUCCAGAAUUUAAUUGAAAAUGAUGCAGUUUAAUGUCUCAGUGUACUCUGAAAUUAAUGCACAUUUGCAACAUUUAAAAUUCUUUCUUGAGCAUGAUAGUGUUUUGAAAGUAAAAAAAAGAUUCAAAAUCACAUUUUAUGUUGGACUAAAGGACUAAAAAAAGACACAAAAUGACCAAAAAAAGACACCAAAUGACAAAAAAAGACACAAAAUGACUUAGAAAGACAUGAAAAGAAUUCAAAAAUGGACAAAAUAGCCCAAGACUCCAUAGAGUUAAGUUGUUAACCCAUUUCUUGUUCCCUGAAAAAGGCCUACUUGUAUAAUUCUGAAAUGUACAUUAUUUUCCAGUUUUGGUUAAGUUUACCUUUUUUU